AACCGGGGGCAUUCUUCCCCUUCCUCGUUAACCUGCGAGGCUCCUCUUCCUCUUCCUCUUCCUUCUCCAUUGCCGGCGCCGUGUUCCUCUUCGGCUUCCGCUGUUCGUUCGUCUGAUUCUGUCCAUUGCCACACCGAUGUAUCCCUUCCGCCUCCUCAGCUUAAUUUUACCGUAAAAAGGCAACCUUUGCCACUCCUCAAAUCCCUAACGUUACUAAACGCAUCAACUGGUUUUGCACUCAUUAGCGUUCCUUUGAUUCAAAGAAAUCUCCUAUCUAGUUACUUCAUUAGGUUUAGGUUGCAAGAAUGGCUAACUGUGGUGAACCAGAGACCAGGAGAGAUUUGAGAGUCUUUGAGGAUAAGUACGAGCUCACCACGGAUUUGGCGGAGUAUAUAUCCCAACUCUCUGAAAGUUCCGUUAACGAUAGAGGAUGCUUCACCGUUGCUUUAUCUGGCCGGUCUCUGAUAAGAUUGUUGGAGAAACUUUCUGAAGCUCCUUAUAAGAAGACUGUCGAUUGGACAAAAUGGUAUGUAUUUUGGGCUGAUGAACGUGCUGUUGCAAAGAAUCAUGUCGACAGCAAUUAUAAGUUAACCAAGGAUGUAUUUCUUUCAAAGGUGUCCAUUCUCAGCAAUCAUAUUUUCUCCAUUAAUGACAAUGCAACAGUGGAGGAUGCAGCAAGAGAAUAUGAAUUUACCAUUCGACAGCUAGUGAAGGUCCGAACUAUAGGUGUUUCUGAAAGCAAUGACUGUCCUAAGUUCGACCUUAUCCUUCUCGGGCUGGGACCAGAUGGACAUGUUGCUUCACUAUUCCCUCAUCACCCAACACUUGAACUAAGAGAGGAGUGGGUCACUUAUAUCACUGACUCUCCUGAGCCUCCGCCUGAGAGGAUUACCUUUGCGCUCCCUGUCAUCAAUUCUGCCUCUAAUGUUGCUAUAGUUGCCAUCGGCGAGGAGAAUGCUAUGGCAGUACAGCUUUCCAUUCUCACCGAUGAUGGGAAAUUUGAUGCCUGUUCAUUACCUGCUAGGCUGAUUCGUCCAGACAAUGGGAAAUUAGUGUGGUUCUUAGAUGCAUUGGCAGCGUCUGCUUUGAAUGACAAUAAUGGAGAACCUGAUAAACUAUAAGAAAGUAUGGAUACACUGUGUGUAUUUUGCUAUUAUCUAAUAUCGUUUACAAGGAGAAGAUCUCCUUUGCUGUAUGAUAUCAAUUUGGGUAAAUUACUUAAGAUAAUAACUUGGUGUUGCUACAGGGCUUCUUCCAUUCAUGCAGUUGGAGAAACCUUUCCAAUUAGUUAGAAAAAUAAUUGAAGA